GGAAGAUUAAGGGUUCUGUUGAGGAAUUUGGAAUUUAGGGUUUCCCUUCACUUGUGAGCACUGCGGGCUUGUUGAAUUCUGAAUGGAAAUUUAAAGCUGUAAUCUUAAGCUCAAAUAAUAGAGUUUUGUUGCAUUUAGUCUUGGGGAAGCUGUAUAUGAAGAAAUAGGGUUUGUAUUGGGCGAAAAAUGUUUUAUUCACAGUUUAUCUUGGCGAAGAAAGGUCCAUUGGGGACUAUAUGGAUAGCUGCUCAUCGGAGGAAACUCCGAAAGAAUCAGGUGGCGGACACGGAUAUCGGUGUUUCUGUUGAUUCUAUUCUGUUUCCUGACGUGCCAAUUGCGCUCCGAUUGUCCAGUCAUCUUCUUCUCGGAGUGGUGAGGAUAUAUUCUAAAAAGGUGAAUUACCUGUUUGAUGAUUGCAGUGAAGCCUUGCUUAAGAUAAAGCAGGCGUUUCGCUCCACUGCAGUUGAUUUACCACCCGAAGAAUCGACCGCACCCUACCAUUCGAUCACUUUGCCGGAGACUUUUGACCUUGAUGAUUUUGAGCUGCCUGAUAAUGAAGUUUUUCAGGGUAACUAUGUUGAUCAUCACAUUAGCUCAAGAGAGCAGAUUACUCUUCAAGAUACCAUGGAUGGCGUGGUUUACUCCACAUCACAAUUUGGAUUAGAUGAACGGUUUGGUGAUGGGGAUGCUUCUCAGAUUGGUUUCCUUGAUGAGGAGCUAGUCCUAGAUAAGGUUGCAGUGCCAGUAGAUGGUGGAGCUUCCUUGCAUGACCUUCAAGGGUCAGAUGUACCAGAGAAACAAGACCCAACUAAUUUAGAAGCUGCGCCAAUCAGUUGCAUUGAGAAUCAGGAUCUAGGUACUCCUGUGCCAGAGGAAGUUCAUAACUUGUCUGCCGUUCAUGAUGCACUGGCUGGUGGUGACCAUGUAGAACCAGAACAUCACGAUUAUAUAGAAUUGGACAGUUCUGAAUGUGUGGAAAAUGCUUCUAAUAAAUCAAUUCGUUCCCAUGGAGAUGAAAACCCAGUGGAUCAGUCUUUGCAAACUGAUCUAAAUUGUGAUGCUAUAAUUAGUAUUAUUUCUUAUGAUGGCUGCUAUAUUGGAAAUAUUGAGAAAGAACAUACUAGACCACAAGUAAAUUCUCUCCAUGAUGCCAUGCCUAUGGAGUUCAAAUCUGCUGUUAGGACUACUGGAGGACCUGAUGGGUUGGAUAGAGUGGAAGAUAUGCAUUACGGUGUCAUGCACUCUAGGGAUAGAACUGAUGGUGAAUAUGCAGAAUCUCCUAGCUGCUCCAAUGUCACCUUUGAUUUGGAAGACCCUGCUCGAAGAACAUGUUCAAGUAGUACCUGUGCACCCACAUCAGACGGCAGCUAUUUGGAGAAUGAUCAAGCAUCACAUAAGUCUGAAUUUGCCAAUGAUACUGAAACCUUCAAUAAUUUGGAGGAGUCAUGCUCACCUUCCAACGCAAUACCUUCAAAUCCUUCCCGUUCAUUUGAAUUUCCCAGUAGACCAACAGUUGUUGAUGGUGAAGUGCAAGCUUGUCAGGAACCAACACAUGAAGAUGUCCCGUCUAUUCCAGUUCUUGGAUCUAAGAAUUCGGUUUUGGCAGAGCAAAACUUGGUCAAUCUGUCCAAAAGGGAGGAGGAAUUUCAUCCUUCUGGAGCUUCCACUGAGGUGCAAGAUGAAGCCUGCCAAACUCAGAUGUCAGAACCUACUUUAUGUGAUGAUCAGUUGGAAAAUUCAAAUAAUUGUGCUAUGUCCGAUUUGCCUGCACCUGAAAAGUUACUCUCUGCACCGGAAGGGCCUAUUGAUAAACCAAGUGAUUUACUGAGUGAGUCUACCCUAGACAAAGAGGUUUCAGAAGGGCAUGGUGAAGUCGAGGCUGGAACCAAAUUCAUUUCAGGCAAAAAGCGAAGUAUAACUGAAAGUACAAUUACUGUCGAAAGUAUAAACUCAGUUGAAUCAUUUAGAAGGCCACAAUUCAGAACUGCAGAAUCGAUUCCUGAUGAUGAUGACUUUUUGUCUUCUAUUUUAGUUGGACGAUCUUCAGUUUUCAAAAUGAAACCAACUCCUCCCCUUGAAGUAGCAUCAUUGAAACGCCCACGAACUGCACCAAGACCUAGUGCCUUCAAGAGAAAAGUGUUUAUGGAUGAUACUAUGGUCUUACAUGGCGAUACAAUACGUCAGCAGUUGGUUAAUACUGAAGACAUUCGUCGUAUACGUAAGAAAGCGCCUUGCACUCGCCCUGAAAUUUCAUUGAUUCAGAGACAUUUCUUGGAAGAUGAAAUAUUUAGUGAACCUAUAUUUACUGAUGUAUCACGUGACCUUGCAUAUUUGCACAGUGGACCCUAUGACCUAAGUGGUAUCAGGAUUUCUGAAGGUGAUGAAAUCCAUGCAUCAUCUGAAGUAGCUAAGGAUUCAGGGUGCUCUAAAAGACCUAAUAUUGCUGAAGAAGGUGAAAUUGAAGGGAGGUCUGUGCCUGUGAUGAAUGGAAAUGAUGAACAGACACUAUCUGCUGAAACUCCUAUUCGGACUAAUAUGCAGCAGGGUCAGUCCAGUGGUCUGAAGCAGGACAGGAUUGUUAUUGAUGACGUGCCUCAACUACUGCAUCAUGAACCUUUAGAUGGGAUCACAGGAAUGGAAAUUGACAGAGAUAAUGUCGAAGUUGCUUCUGUGGCUAAGUACUCAGUUCUGAACGAGUCCGAAAUACCAUCCUAUUCUAAUCUAGCUUCUAAAGAUAUUAGUAAUAUGACAGCUGCAGAGACAACCAACAGUGUAGAUGGUUUUAUCUUAAACAAUGCAACGGAUAUUCCUCCGGAUCAGAAAAUGAAUUCUCAACCUGUGGAGGAUGCUUCAGAAUUGGAUAUGACAAAUGAAAAUGGAACCAAUCUUACUGAAGUUUUAGAACGUGGUGUUCAGAGUAUUAAUGAAGGUGAAACUGAAUCAAAAUUAUUGGACGAAAGUAAAGCCACAGUUGAGGUCAAUCUAGCAAACUACUGUGUACCUAUUCAAGAUGGAACCAAUUCUCUUGCAAUUGUACAAACUGGUGAGCUAGUACAAACUGGUGAGCUAGUGAAUGGUUCUCAAAUUGCAUCUGAAACUGGAUAUGAUAAAGUUGGUGUAGUAGAUGAAGCUCAAGUUGAGGGUGCACUCUUGGAUCAUGAUGUCAAGGACCCUAUCUGUAAGGGUAGUGAAGAAAGAAAAAUGGAUUCUACAUAUUCUGAAAAGGUUGCUUCACUAAAUGAUGGAGAAACUCUAGUCUUUUGGGAAGUUAAUGCAGUCAAUGAAGAAAUGACCUCUCUUGUGGAUAAUCAAGCUGAACUUGAGAAUGUUGCAGUUGCCGAUGAUACAGGAUUUCUGAAUGUAGAUGACGAAGAGCUAUGCGAGGAUGAUGAUGGCAUGCCAUGUGGUGAUGAAAGUCGUCUUCUUGAAAAUAGUGGAUGGUCUUCUCGCACAAGAGCUGUUGCCAAGUAUCUCCAGAAUUUACUGGUGGAUGAAGCUGUACAUGGAUGUAAGGUUCUUUCUAUGGAAAAUCUUUUGGAUCAUAAGACACGUAAAGAAGCAUCAAGGAUGUUUUUUGAAACCCUGGUUCUGAAGACAAGAGAUUACAUCCAUGUAGAACAGGAGAAACCCUUUGACAACAUAUGUAUAAAGGCUCGAGCAAAGCUCAUGAAAUCGGAAUUCUGAACUGAUCUCACCUUCCAAAAGAAGGAAAAAAAGCAGAUACUGUGAAAAGAUGACGUGUUGUAGUUCUAGUUCUGAUGAACGGUCCACAUCAGGUAACUAUAUUGUUCCAAAAUGGUAGCUGUUUUUCUAUUUUUAUUAUAUUUUUUAAAAAUAGUUGCUCCAAAUUGGGUAGCCAUAACAGUGGGAGAGAAGGAGGGAUGGCAAGUGGGAUGUUGUUGAUUGUUACUACGAACUGUAGGUGGAUGAUAACUGUUUGUGUAAAACAUGUCAAUUUACAAUUGAAGAUGCUAAUUGAUUUA